AUGUCUAGACACUACAGUAACGGAAGCGGGUCAAGAACACCACGUACAGACUCUAUAUCAAAUACACCAGCACAUUUUACACGCAAAAUAGAUAGCCGAUAUGCACCAAUUGUGUCAAACAAUGAGACUGCAGAUUACCACGAACAGUUAAUGGCAGGAGCUAAUACACCACGUGGUGAAAUGGAUGACGAUGAAUUCCAAUAUGGAGAACCACCUCGAGUAUUCUAUGACAACAUGGACAGCUUAGACGCAGUGCCGGAACUGCUAGGGCUGCCAGAUGAUAUCAUAUCACAGUUUCCAGUGACAGAUUUCGAUGCAGCCGCAGCAGAGACAUGGAACGAAGACGCAAAACAAUGCUCUAUAUGCCUUGAUGCAUAUGAACAAGAUCAACUUAUAAGAAGGCUAGCUUGCACACACGGAUAUCAUAAAGGAUGUAUCGAUGAAUGGUUGUCAAGGAGUACCGUCUGUCCUAUAUGCAAGUUUGAUUACAGAAUCAUGAUGUAG